CUUAGGAAUAGCCCUAAUUCUUCGUGGGUAUGGCGGACACGGAGGCGCUGCGCGUGUGGUUCCAGUCGGUGGAUGUGGAUCAAUCUGGCUCGAUUAACGUGACGGAGCUCCAGGAGGCACUGGCUGCCGGAAAUCUUCGAUUCUCCCAGUCCAUGGUAGCUCAGAUGAUCAGAAUGUAUGACCGGGAUCAAAACGGGACAAUGUCAUUCGAAGAGUUCGUGAAUCUUCACAAGUUCUUAUCCCUGGUCCAAAAUGCUUUCACAGCCAGCAGCAGAGGAAGUGGAGUUCUCGGAUUGAGUGAGAUGCACAAGGCCUUGGCGCAGGCUGGAUACGCUCUGGAUCAACCAUCGUUUUUCAUGGCAUGCCAGAGCUUCGAUCACAAGCGAACAGGCCAGUUUCGUCUGGACGAUUUCAUCUCGAUUUGCAUCUACUUGCAAUCAGCCAGGAACCUCUUUGAUGCCUUCGACACAACUCGCCAAGGAAGAAUCACUCUGGAUUUCAAUCAAUUCGUCUACUGCGGUGGAAACUUGCGAAUGUGAAAGAACAAUAGAGACUUAGAAUAAAACAAGGGGGAAGAAAGAAAGAAAUUUAGGGUUAGGGCAGAGGUGGAAGGAGC